CGCCUCACUUUUACCGAGUGAUUCAGUCGUUCAGCUACGAGGAAUCACUUUGUACAGGCGCGAUGCCGGCCUCCGGUCAAUUGGACCUAGUUCUGGACGAGUCGGGUGGCUACAGCGACCACCUGGUGUCCUCCGACGAAGAAGCGACCUUUUCUAUCAAAAAUCUCGACGGAAACGACGACUACGUGGAACCCGCUGCCGACAAAAGGGUGAAUUUCCCUAGUUUGCCGUCACGGAAGGAGCACGAGACCUUCUUCCGCGAGUGCUUGGACAUACUGCUGAAGGACGCGAUUUUCGAGGGUACCAGCCGCAGAAAUAAACUGCUGGACUUUAAGAACCCGGAAAAGUUGCAAGCGCUCUUCGAUUUCGAGCUGAAGAACGAAGCUUCGACCCAUUCGGAUUUGCAGAAAAUCGUGAAAGACGUAAUCAAGCACUCCGUGAAGACGGGCCAUCCGUAUUUCGUCAAUCAGUUGUUUUCUUCGGUCGAUCCGUACGGUCUGAUUGGUCAGUGGUUGACAGACGCCUUGAAUCCGAGCGUGUACACUUACGAAGUUUCUCCGCUGUUUACCUUGAUGGAGGAAACGGUCUUGAGGGAGAUGAGAAAGAUUGUAGGGUGGAAAGAUGGGAGGGGUGACGGGAUAUUCAGCCCCGGUGGUUCUAUCGCUAACGGAUACGCCAUUAGCUGCGCCAGGUGCUUCGCUAAUCCAGAUAUUAAGACGAAAGGUCUUCAUUCGCUACAGCGCCUCGUCCUGUUCACGUCCGAGGACGCUCACUACUCCAUCAAGAAAAUGGCGUCGUUUUUGGGAAUCGGCACUGAUAACGUGUAUUUGAUAAAAACAGACUUCAGGGGUAAAAUAAUAACAUCCCAUCUCCUCGAGCAAGUGGAGCGAUCUAUAGAAGAAGGUGGUAAACCUUUUAUGGUGUGCGCGACGGCCGGUACAACCGUGAUCGGAGCUUUCGAUCCUUUAGAGGAGAUAGCGGACUUGUGCGAAAAAUACGGCAUGUGGUUGCAUGUAGACGCCGCAUGGGGUGGGGGCGCUUUGAUGUCCAAGAAACACAGACAUCUACUUCGAGGCAUCGAAAGAGCCGAUUCCGUAACAUGGAACCCUCACAAAUUGCUGACGGCACCCCAGCAAUGCUCGACGCUCCUCGUGAGGCACGAGAAGAUCCUUACGGAAGCGCACUCGGCCAGUGCGUCCUACUUGUUUCAGAAAGAUAAAUUUUACGACACCAAAUACGACACAGGUGAUAAACAUAUUCAAUGCGGUCGCCGAGCCGACGUGCUGAAGUUCUGGUUCAUGUGGAAAGCCAAAGGAACCGACGGUUUGGAGAAUCACAUCGACAAAACCUUCGACAACGCGAAGUUCUUCAUGGAAACCAUCAAAAACCGUCCGGGUUUCGAGGUCGUGAUCCCGGAACCCGAAUGUACCAACAUAUGCUUCUGGUAUGUCCCGGAGAGACUCAGGAAUUCCAAGUCCGAUCCGGACUACAACGAAAGGUUGCACGCCGUGGCGCCGAAAAUUAAAGAAAAGAUGAUGAAGGAAGGCUCGAUGAUGGUUACCUAUCAGACGCACAAGUCGAAACCUAACUUUUUCCGGAUAGUCUUCCAAAAUUCUGGAUUGGAUCGGAACGACAUGUUGCACUUGGUGGAGGAAUUCGAGAGGCUCGGAAACGAUCUAUAAAUUGACCCAGUGUUUGUUGCGGCGCUGGAAUUGCUGUCGCGCUUCUAGAGUUAGGUUUUAUUUAUUUAAUUUCGUUGUUGAUUGUCUGUAUUACUUGGAGGUUUUUUUCUGAGAUUUCGUAAGUGUUCGAAGUGAUAAAGUAUUCUAAUAAAUAUAUAUUGCACCUGAUAUAAUAUUAUUUAUUUA